AUGGGUUCAGCAGAAACCCCCUAUGAUCUGGCCAAGUUCCGAAUUCUGAUGGUUCAUGGAUUCGCUCAAAAUGGAUCUCAAUUCCGCGCAAAAGCAAGUCGCAUAUCGAACCGCAUCACUCAGCUGCUUACUCCCAAGAUUCUUUCAGAAUUUCCAGGCAGAAUUGAGUUCUUAUACCCCGACGCGCCUUUGAUUCUCGAACACCCAAUUGGGCUCGGUUUAAACAGCGUGGACAGAAAGGAAGAGCAGAAAAACGAAAGACAAAAUUUUCUACCCCUGGGCUAUGAAAAGGAAGGUUUUGAUCUUUUUGGCUGGUGGUACGGUCGAGAUAACGUAAGUCGGUAUAGAGGCAUUGAGGCUUCGCUCUCCUAUGUGGCCACGUACAUCCACGGGAGACCUAUUCAUGGCAUCCUUGGGUUUUCACAAGGGGGCGCCUUAGCAGGAAUGAUUUCCUCGCUGAUCGACUGCAGCGACAACCCAGAAAAGAUUGCUGCCAUCCGUGCACAAGGUCUUCCUGUUGACGAUUUUCUCAAGCUUCCUGCUCAGAAGCCUUUGCGGUGCUGCAUCAGCAUUGCAGGAUACAUGGGCACAGUGAGGUACUACGGGAGUCUCUACCAGUGGCCAAUACAGACACCUAGUGUUCACGCGCUGGCUAGCAUGGACGCCGUCGUUGAGCACUAUGGGACCGUGGAUUUGGCUGAGUGUUUCUCUUCAUACGAGAUUGUCCAAUAUCACGGUUCUCACUUCUGUCCUAGGGAUCGUCUCACUGUAGAGGCCCUGGCUCACUUUAUGCUGAAAAAUUGUUGGGGGAAUUCCGCCGCGCCUGUGCUACCUCAAUCCAUCAAGAUGAUUGACGAUGAAGAUUGGAGUGAUUUUGGGCGAAAAGAAUCCGGGAGGAGUCUUUCUAAACGAAGUGAUUCUGUAGGUUCCGAUAAGUCUGCAGAAAAUUCAACAAUCUGGAGACGCCACAGAAAGACUUUCGUUACCCGAGGCCGAUGUACACCAUCUAUGAGCCCUCGCAGACCCAUUCCGGCAUCUGCCCAGUCCUAUCUUCGGCCAUGA